GGAAGCUGUAACUCCUAAAGCUUUCCGAGGAUCCGUGAAGUAAAAGAGAAUUGCUUACUUCUCUGCAUCAGAUGUUUAAUUCAGCUUUUGCAAUAUCCAUUUCUUUAAACCUAGAAGGCCCUGAGGUUACACAGAGAAAGAUAUUCCCUUGAUGCAUUUCAGAGAAUUUGAUCAGCUUGGAAUUUUUCAACAUUGAAACAGCUCAGAGUUCAACCCUUUCCUCAAGAUGAAAAUUGAUUGAAAGAAGAGUUCAGCAUGAAUUGCUCCGCAUUGCUGUCUCUCACGCUGAUGCUGGUACAACUUUGGCCUUGCUCUCAAAGCACGCAGAACCACAGCGCUCACAACACAGAUCAGUCUUCCACAGCAGUUCGAAGAGUGAAGCGCGGCUGGGUAUGGGAGCCACUUUUUGCAACCGAGGAACAGACUUCAAUGGUUCCUGUGUAUGUUGGACAGCUGAAAUCAGAUUUAGACAAGCAGGAUGGCAACCUAAAAUAUAUUUUGACUGGGGAGGGAGCUGGAAGCAUUUUUAUCAUUGAUGAAAAUAAUGGCAAAAUUUACGUGACACAAAAGCUGGAUCGAGAAAAGAAACCCUUCUACACUCUAAGAGCACAAGCAAUUAACAGGAGCACUCAGCUUCCUGUUGAACCUGAAUCAGAAUUUAUUAUCAAGGUUCGAGAUGUCAAUGAUCAUGAACCACAAUUCUUGGACGGACCUUAUGUGGCCACUGUUCCAGAGAUGUCCCCUGAAGGUACUUCGGUUACACGGGUAACAGCUACAGAUGGUGAUGAUCCUUCUUAUGGGAAUAGUGCCCGUCUGCUUUACAGCCUCAUUCAGGGACAGCCUUAUUUCUCUGUGGAGCCAAAGACAGGGGUCAUCAGAAUGGCUGCCCAAAUGGAUAGAGAAACAAAAGAUCAGUAUCUGGUCAUCAUCCAAGCCAAAGAUAUGGUUGGGCAACCAGGGGCAUUUUCAGCAACAGCUACUGUUACCAUCAACCUCUCCGACAUUAAUGACAAUCCACCUAAAUUUCAACAGCGACUCUACUAUAUGAGUGUCUCUGAAGAGGCUCCUGUGGGCACUACUGUAGGCAAAGUCCUUGCAGAAGACAACGACAUAGGGGAGAACGCAGCCAUGAACUAUUUCGUUGAAGGAGAUAGCUCAGAUGUUUUUGACAUCAUUACUAACAAUGAGACUCAAGAAGGAAUUAUCAUCUUAAAAAAGAGAGUGGAUUAUGAGAGCAAGAGGAGAUAUAGUAUUCGAGCAAAAGUUGUAAACAGGUACAUUGAUGACCGUUUUCUGAAAGAAGAACCAUUUGAAGACAAAACCAUUGUCAAAAUCAAUGUGGAAGAUGCUGAUGAACCUCCAGUUUUCACCUUGGAGAAUUAUGUGAUGGAGAUUCCUGAAGGGGCUGAGAGUGGCUCACUGGUCGGCGUUGUAACUGCUAGAGAUCCAGACAAUGAUGACUGUCCAGUCAGGUACUCUAUUGUCCACGGCAUGCAUUUAAAGAGAUUGUUCAGCAUCAAUGAACACAAUGGAACAAUCAUUACAACUAAACCUCUGGACCGAGAGAUAGCUUCUUGGCACAACAUAACUGUUACAGCCACAGAAACAAGAAAUCCUGAAAAAAUUACGGAAGCAAAAGUGUAUAUCCAAGUUCUCGAUGUUAAUGAUCAUGCACCGGAAUUCCCUAAAUAUUAUGAAACAUUUGUUUGUGAAAAUACGGUUUCUGGCCAGCUAAUUCAAAGCAUCAGUGCAGUGGAUCAAGAUGACUCAGCAGAAGGUCAUCAUUUUUACUUCUCAUUGGCUCAGGAGGCCACAAACGACUCAAGCUUUACUGUCAAAGAUAAUCAAGACAACACAGCUGGAAUUUUCACAGCAAAAAGUGGCUUCAGGAGGCAAGAGCAGUUUUAUUACUACUUGCCAAUCUUAAUUCUGGAUAAUGGAACCCCACCACUGACGAGCACAAACACUCUCACUAUCACUGUCUGCGACUGUGACACCGAAGUUAACAUCCUCUACUGUCGAUAUGGAGCUUUCAUGUAUGCCAUGGGACUUAGCACUGAAGCCUUAAUUGCUGUUUUGGCUUGCAUACUAAUACUCCUAGUGUUCUUUCUGGCAAUUGUAGCCAUAAGGCAGCAGAGGAAGAAGUCUCCCUUUUCUGAGAAAAUGGAAGAAUUCAGAGAGAACAUUGUCAGGUAUGACGAUGAAGGAGGUGGUGAGGAGGACACAGAAGCCUUUGAUAUUUCAGCACUGAGGACCCGCACUGUCAUGCGAACGCAGAAACCUCGGAAGAAGGUCACCACAGAAAUCCACAGCCUCUACAGGCAGUCUCUGCAGGUUGGCCCUGACAGCGCAAUCUUCAGGCAAUUCAUUUCAGAAAAGCUUGAAGAAGCAAAUACAGAUCCUAGUGCUCCUCCAUACGACUCACUUCAGACCUAUGCAUUUGAGGGCACCGGCUCUUUGGCAGGAUCCCUCAGCUCUUUAGGUUCAAACGUGUCAGACGUGGAUCAGAGUUAUGACUACCUUGCAGACUGGGGACCUCACUUUAAACAGCUUGCAGGCAUGUACGCUUCCCAUAGAAGUGUGCGGGAUUAGUUACUCUUUGGUUGUUUUGUUUUCCUAAAUCUCGGCAACCAAAACCAACUGUGGAUUUUUGAAAAGGAGAUCAUCCCACAUUUAAGCAUGAAAAAUAAAAGCCCAAGGGUUUGUUUUUUGGGGUUUUGUUGUUGUGGUGGUGGUUUUGUGGUUUGUUUUGUUUUGUUUUUUUUUCUGGAAAGUGGAUGUAGAGAUCUUUUGAAAACUCACAUCAGGCAUGUCAUGAGGUGAGGGGAUGGAGACUCCUGUUUGAAAAUGCUAUGGCUAUUUAGGUGCCUGAAUGCAAACUGCUGCUUUGAAUGUCUAGGCCCCCUUCUGGAGAUUGAAAACCUGGGUUCUGCAAGUACAGAGUAGAAGCCAUAAACAGAUAUUGUAAAUAAUCUGUCAUCCAUAAGCUUUAAACCGUUUCCAAAGUUAAGACAGACUUUUGUUGUUGCAGUUGAAUAUAUUCAUUAACCAAAGUUAAACAUGCAUAUUUGUGUAAUUCUUCAUUAUAUAAAUACACUUGUGUGAAAAAGUAGACCCUAGAUAUUCUAAUACAAUUGUCAAAAGUGCUCACAGAAUCGUCUAUUUAUUGUUCUUAGGAUGAUAAAACUAAAACAAAUGUCUUUUCCUAUCAGUGUAAAAAUAAAGACCUAUUACAACAUCAGCAAGUAUUUGCUGCCAUUUUAGAUUUUAAUGGAGCGAUUGGAAAAUGUAUAAACCAAUACUUUAUUAGCAAAUAAGAUGAUAGAAGAAAAGAAAUCAGUUCAAGUUAGAAUCAAUAUUUAACGUAAAUACUGCAAUCGACCACAUUAUAUAUUACUGUACUUAGAACAAAAUGCUAUCCAAAUACAGGCAUUUUUCCUUUUAUUAAGAGUUUAAAGGAUGACUGAUUUACAAGCACAGAUUUAUUUUUUUAUUAUGGAAUAUAAAAUUAUCUGCAGUAGUCACUUUUAUUAUAACAAUAUUAAGAAUCUUUAAAAUGCUAAGCUGAUGGUUAUAAAACUUUAUGUAUAACAUUAGAUAAUAAGAUAAUAAAAUGCUUUAAUGUUAAUCCACUUCUAAAAAUGAUGCUGAAUCAUUCUGUGAGACUCUAGUCAGACUUCAAAAUUAAUUUCCCACUGUAUUAUUUCCAAACAUUCCAUAAUGAAUAUAAAGUUGUCUCAGAAUAUUUUUUUACCCUUACUUAUACUACUACCCAGCAGCAAUUUUGGAUCUGAGGGUCAUCAAAUGUGUUCAAAAUGAUCCGUCUGGAAAGAGCAACCUGCCUAGUUUUUAUUCACCUCUCUUCCAUUAGGUACUUAUUUUACAGAAAUUACAUCAUAUAAUCAACUCAUACAUUUCCACAGCUAAAAGCUAGCAUCAGGAUAAAGAAAAUUAUAUAACAUGUUUCUUCCCCCCAUCCCGCCACCCUUUUUUUUUUAAUAAGAUUUGAGGUAAGCGCUACUGAAUUACUGAGAGCAAGGCAGAGCUCAUGCAAGGAAAAAAUAAUAAUAAAAAAACCCCCAACAAACAAAAAAGGCAUGUAACAUACAAGCUCUGCAAUGUUUGCUACAAUUGCUGUUCACUGAAGAAAACCAAGGCAUGUAGGCUUAGUGGAAAGGUGCCAGUGCAGAGUUUAAAUUCCUGUCAGCUAAAAAUAAAACAUGUGGAGGAGUUUGAAAACCAGGAGAGAAUUCCAGUGUGAGGUCUGGUAAGGGCAGAAACAUUAUUCAUGAUAUUCAUAGCUGGAAAAAUACAGGGGGGUCAUCCGACCAGGGGCAGAUGAAGCAGCAUCUGCUUCAUAAGGAGAAACUGGUUCUUGCCGGUCUCGUGCCAGGACACCAGUAUGAAUGAGCAGCUACAAAACAGCUUUAAAAGAUGCACAAGUAUAAAACAUUGUAUUAAUGACUCUAACAUUUGUGUUCAACAGCUCUCAAACAGAUGUGACAAAACUUUUAUUUAAGAUAAUAUUGUACAUAUUAGUAACUUACUUCAUGGAGAGGAAUAAAGAGAGAACAACUGUACGUGCACCAGUUGUCGGCGAUGGUGAAAAGUGCAUUUUUAGGAUUAGGUCUAUAGAUUUAUGCGGGUUAUAUCCUAAACAAAUCCUUGUUCCACAGAUGGUCCCAGUGACAUUAAUAGAAUUCCUCGUGCUUUCAGGUUGUAUUUAGUACAAAAAGGAUAACAGUGUCUGAUCCUUUCUCAAUCCAGAGAUUUUGUCCAUUUAUGUUGGGCAAUAGCCUUGAACACUCAACAGUAUUUGCACUUAUAUUGUAAUUUCCUCUUUUUACUGUAAGGAUCUUUAACAAUAAAUAAUUUUUGUACCAAGUGCAUACCACUGUCACGUAAUUUUUGCAACCAAUGUAUGCCAUCGUCAGUAACUUCUACGUGAAAGAAAACAACGGCCUACAAUGGAUCUUAAACGAUCUUUGCCUGAAAAGGCAUAAGACCGUGUUUGCACAGAGGAGAAAAGGAGUGGUUUGCUCCGAAGUAAGAAGUUAUUCCUAGUUGUUACUGGGCCACAUCUUAUUAUCCUGGUACUCAGUCUAAGUCAAACCUGUCAAUUUAUUUCCACGUGUGAGAAAAGAAUGAUGGAACUGACCUAGUAACUUCAUGCUUCUUUUAAUAUACUGUAAUUAAUUUAGCUGAACAAUGUCUGCAAAAAAUAGAAGUGUCUGCUUAUUUGAAGGAAGUAAACAUUCUGAGGAAGCCAAAAUUAAACACAUAAGAGAUAUCACAAUAAUUAAUAGUAUGAAAUUAAUAAAGGAUAAGUUAUAAGCCAAAGUUCCUGAUGAUAAGAUCUGUUAAACUGUGGAAUGGUUUUCCCAAGAGAAUCCUCCAUUACCUUUAUGUCUCAAAAUUCAUUAGUAGCUAGGAUUAGCUAUGCUAUUGGCUGAAGUGAAGAGUGCAAGUAUGGUACCAGAGGGUAAAUAUAUAUUCAGCUGUUCAAGACAUGCCUGAAGGAAGAUAAGGAAGAUUUAUUGACUGGAGAAAGGAAGUAGGAUCAUACACACUGCAUUUCUGUAUGAAUGCUUUGAAGAGAUGUUCCUGUAUAUUUCUUUUUCUGUAACAUGGUAAUGAGACAGGUUAAGAACUGGUGAAAUAGCUGACAAUAGGUUGGCUUCCUGUUUCAGUCCUCACUCGUAGGGAUUCACAGUGCUGUGGUUUUGGUUUUAUUAUUUGAAAGCCAAGGAAAUGAAGACUGCAUAUAUUAAUAAAUGCUUAAUAUUUAGAUGUUUGAAGUUAAAAACCAAAAGAACAAAAACAUUUGAUAGCACAAUCAAGC